CGGGCCGUGGCAAUUUGUUCAGGAUGUACCCUUGAUCUCCCUACACUCUCUUCAGGUCAAGCCAUCCCCAAAACCACCACAUUUGUUCUCAAUGACAGUUAUCCAGUGCCAACCACUCAUGGUAUGUUUGUGUAUGUAAAAGAAAAAAAAAGUUUUCUACUCUUCAACAAAUUCUUCACCAUUUUCUUCCUAUCUACUUUCUCAGGUUCAUCUCCAGGAAGAAGCUUGUUUAAGGAUUUCUUCGUUUUGCCUGAUCUUUCAGCAAAAAAGGUCUUCGCUGGAGCAAGGCUUCACAUUGAGAACUUAUCCAUUGCGGAGUCACCUACCCUGAAAGUUAGGGUACUAAACCUGGAGAAGGAUCCUGCUUGCUUCGCUCUAUGGCCGGGGCAGCCAUUGACGCCAGCCAAAAGAAAUGGACAGCUAGAGUCUCACAUUUUAGUUUGGCUUUGGAAACAUCUCCCAACUCUUCUGAACCUCAGAAUUCUCCUGGUCUGGAAAUGGGUUUUAUGGAACUGCGUUGAAGGAAAAGACGUGUCUUUAGAAGUUGCUAUGGUAUCUGCUGAUGGAAAGCCAUUGAUAACAAUUUCUCCUCUUGGUGGUAUUGUUCGCAUAGGAGUUGCUUGUGAGCAAUAUAUUUCAAAUGCUUCAGUGGAGCAGCUAUUUUUUGUUCUGGACCUUUAUUCUUACUUUGGUAAGGUUAGUGAAAAAAUUUCGAUCGUUAAAGAAAGCAAACGCCAUAAUACUAUUUUUGUGACUGGAGGGUUGUUGGAGAUGGUUCCUAGCACACUGCCGUAAAACUGGCUUUGAAGGAUCUGCAGCUUAAGUUUCUUGAGUCUUCCUUUACAAGUUCUCAGGACACGCCACUCGUUCAGUUUUUUGGCAAAGAUCUUGUUCUGAAGGUAACUCAUAGAACCCUUGGCGGCGCUAUUGCAGUAUCCUCCAACAUAUACUGGGAAAAUAUUGAGAUAGAUUGUGUAGAUACCGAGGUACAACACGAACAUGAGAAUAACUUGAAUGACCAGUUAGUUAGCUGUAAUGGGUCAACAACCCCACUGAGGCGUGUCUUUUGGGUUGUCAACGGAAGACACGAUGGACAUAGUGGCAGCGUUGUUGUGACGCCUUUUCUUGACAUAAGCAUAACACAUGUGAUUCCCGUCAGUGAAAAGGAUAUGGAGUGUCACAGACUCACAGUUUAAGCAUCGUGGCUUGUAUCUCAGGCGUACGUCUAGGAGGAGGAAUGAGCUACACCGAAGCUCUUUUACACAAUGAUUAGUUUAGUUGAUUACACUUGCAUCAUUUUCCACA